AUGUUCUCCAAUUCGCUACGAUCGCCUCUCCACUCUCUUCCCCAGAGAUCACUCUUAGGGUCUUUUCGUCCUCAUGUCUCCCCUGUCCGCCCUAUCUCUUUCAACCUCUUCAAGCGUGAUGGAUCAAAGCCUAAGCCUUCGUGGAAAUCUAGAUUUACGAUCAAUUGGUCCAAAUAUAAGCUCAAAAACGAUCCUCCUGGACUUAUUGUCGGUACCAUCAAUGAACCAUACAAGGCCCCUCCUCCUGACUACUGGCACGGUUCUUAUCACUGGACUUAUGAGCGUAUGGUUGCCGUACCGAUGGUCCCUCUCUUCAUCACCCCGUUUGUCAUGGAUGUCGACCUUCCUUUAUUAGACUCGUUGUUGGGCACGUUAUUAUUAGUCCACUGUCAUGCUGGUUGGCAAUCAUGCAUCAUUGACUAUAUUCCAAAAAGAAGAUUUGGCCCAUGGCACACCUUGUCGAUGAGAACCUUAUUUUUGGGUACUUGUGUGGCGUUCUACGGCCUUUAUGAGUUAGAAACUAAUACCCCAGGGAUGUUUGAAAUCAGUAGAAGUCUUUGGAAGGCCUUGGGAAAAAACGAUGACGGUUGGGUAAAUUAA